GUGAGCUUUGCUUAACAACUAAGUCAUAACCUCCCUGUCCCCCAUCAUGAACGGCAGAGUUUCCAAGACGCGUGUCUCCAGAACCAGUACGAAGAUGGAGUUCUCGCUGGGCAACUUACGGGAAGCUUUCCAGGGCGGAGAGGACAAAGAGCAAGCGACCCAAGUCGCAACAUCGCAACUCGAGAGACAGCCCCUUGGUGCUGCGCUCGUUUGGACGCAUAAACCUACCGAAGCCAAUGACCGUGUGUCUGCGUGGCUUGAGUCCAGCGGAACGGACCAUAGGAAGCGCCGCUGGUCGGAUAGCAGAGUGUACCGAUCCAACGACGAGCCGCCAUCGAACAUUUCAACGAAAUCAGCACUGGAGAUUGAUGUUGCAUGGGACAGAGAAGGGUUUGCCGAGCCGAUUGCACCUACAUCUGAGCCCAGUUUGCUCUCGGAAGUCGACACGAUGCCGUCUACUACAGUUGCAUCGAAUAAUUCCAGUACAAAACACAGCAGUUACCGAGUCAAGAACUUGCGGUCGAACAAAAUCACACUCCGCCAUCCUUUGGAUCAAUUGCCGGAAAAUGUACAAAAGAUUGUCCAUGAUAUUAGCACGGACGGCGAGUGGGAAGGCCCAUCGAUCGAUGACCUUAAAUCCGAUUACGAGUUCCAUCAUCUCCAAUCUGGCCGGGCCGAAUCAAAAGUAACAUCAUACUGGAGGCGGAUGGUAUUUCUUGAGCCCGGAUCACGGGAGAAGAUUGAGUCUUGUUCUAACAUACCGAUGAAAACUCAUUGUGUUCCUUGCAUCGGAGAGCAUCGCAUAUCCACCCCGGUCCCCGAUAUCCUCUAUGGGUACAGCUACCUCAACGCAUUUCCCGAUGAGCAAAUGGACCAGUUCGUCGGUAUGGGGUCCGAGAUGGUGGUGAAUAGUUCGAACUUGGCCUAUCCAUUCUUCCUCGUCGAGGCCAAAGGGGAUAAUUCCAGCGGAGACGCCUUGUGGUGCGCAGUGAAUCAAUGCCUGGGCGGGUCUGCAUCCUGCGUGAAGGUGGCGGAGAGCCUGAACCGCCGGCUUCGAGAGCACAAUAUUGAUCAGAUUGAGACGGUCACCUUCAGCGUGGCGAUCAACGCGACCGAGGCGCGGCUCUUUGUAUGCUGGGAGCAUGAUCAUGACAGCUAUUACAUGCGCUCGAUCGGUGGCUUCUUACUCUACGACCCCGAGCACUUUCUGAGCUUCCGCAACCGCGUCCUCAAUAUCCUGAGAUGGGGCGAGGGCAAGCGGCUGGAAGGGAUUCAACAUUCCCUUGAGCAACUCCUGGAGGCGGAGAGGGAGGAAGGGUCUUGAGCUGUUGAGCACGCGAGCGAGGGGAUGAGGCUGUGCGUCUUCUGGAGGCGCAAGGAGUGAAAGCCGGCAUAUAGUCACAAUCGUGGAGUGGGAUAGAGGCGAACGGUGCUGUUUAUCUGGUUCCUGUGUUCUAGUGGGUUCUGGGCUGUUUAGUUAGGUUGCUGUGCGUGCUUGUAUCAUGUAUCAACAGAGGUAGUUAUUCAGACAUGCGGAGUGCUCCCCCCGGACGGGGAUACAGACAAGUUUUGUUCCAAACCCAAGUGAUUCAGUUGAUCAGUAAUACUGCCCACGACGCCAAAAGCAAGCAGUAAGUUUACCUUCCUGUUGUUCCGCUUUUCCCAUCCGCAUCAACACCAGAGUCAUGACGUCGCCCUGGAUCCUCAUCAGCCCGUCCACGCGGGGCAUCGG